AUGUAUCCGAAUCUUGGCGAGAAAUGGCGAGAGGAAAGCGAAAUGGAUACGGACGAGGACGAAGCAGAUGACGAACAGGAGGAAGAGGAGGACGAGGAGGACGAGGAGGAGGAAGAGGGGGAAGAAGAGGUGGACGACAAGACGGAAGGGACCGGCAAGCCGGAUGAGGCGGGUGAAAAGCGUGUCUUUAACGUGCCCACUCCAGCUCCCGGCACGUGGACCCCCGUAACCUUGGGAACGCCGGGAGGAAAUUCCUUCCGCGUGACGCUAAUCGACGAUGCUUCUAACGAGGUGUCGCCGUGGCACGACGUGCCUCUGCAUUCUUCCAACGGAACCUUCAACGCCGUCUGCCUCACUCCCAAGGGCUGCCAGGACGACUACGAGGUCGCCGUUCGCGAACGCCUCGCGCCGCUGCGAAUGCGGUUACGCAAUAACAAACCCAUGCGCUUCGCCGACCCGAUCCCGUGGAACUUCGGCGUGUUCCCGCAAACCUGGGCCGACUCGUCCACGCGCUGCCCGGAAUUCGGGAACCUGCCCUUAGACGACAGUCCCGUGGAGUUAAUCGACAUAGGUAGCCAGGUCCGGCAGUUAGGCGAGGCCUACGCGGUCGAGCCGCUAGCGGCGUUUGUGCUGGUGGAUCCGCGCGGGUUCCAGCUUUCGUGGAAGGUGGUGGGGAUUGCGACGGACGACCCGUCGGGGUUUCAGGACCUGAGCGACGAGAAUGUGGCGGGAAUUGUUCAGACGCUUCUGGACUGCAUUCGCGACUGGCUGCGCGCGGGACGGCAUUGUGGAGGUGAAAAGACCAAAGUGUUGACGCUAAGCCAGGGCAAGGCCGGGCAAGACAAGGUUAUGGAAAUCGUCGCUCAGGCGCACGCAGCGUGGCAGCUGCUGCGUAGCGGGGCAGCUGAUAACGAGGAUAUGGGCGACCUGCUGCUCUCCCCGAACCUGCUGCACCGGAAGCCCCAGUCCGGACCUGCGGUUCGGAUCUUCGCCGAGUCGUACGCGACAGAUUCGGCGAAUAAGGACAAGGCGGUGAUUGACGAGCAGGAUAUUAAGACGCUCGUGGCGCCAGUAGACAGGGGCGCAGGCGGAGGCGGAGGGGGAGGCAGAGGGGGAGGAGGGGGAGGAGGGGGAGGCGGCGGAGGAGGGUUCGGAUUCCGCAGUGUGCGGGGCGCGGGGUCGAAGAAACCGGGCGGCAGCGGGCAGGCAGGGCUGAAAAAGCUGGGCGGCAGCCAGACGGUCAGCCGGUUUCUCGGGCGGCUGCGGCGGCCGUCCCAGGCGUUUGGCAGCGACGCUCUGGGGGGACUAGACCUUUCCGCUAUUCAGCAGACGGUCUUUGACAAUCCCCAAAUCUAUAAAAUCUCUAAAGAUUCUCCGAAAUCUCCGAAUUCUCGGGACUCUCGGGACUCUGAGGGUUUGGCGGGUAGAAAGCGGCCGUCCCAGGCGUUCGGGAGCGACGCGCUGGGGGGAAUGGACCUAUCUGGCUUGCAGCAGCAGCAGCAGCAGCAGCAGCAGCAGGUGGAUUCCGCGGGAGAUUUAGCAGCAGAGGCGGCGGCAGGGCGGCGGGGAGGUGAUGGGGGGAUUGGCGAGGGGGGAAGUGGUGAGGGGGGGUAUGGUGAGCGGGGGAAUCGGGAGGAAUGGGGUGGAGAAGCGGGGAAUGGGGAGGAUGAGGGGGAGGUAGGGGCGGCGCUGUCCCAGGGGGGUCUGAGGUCUAGGAGUUUCAACUCCGUGUAUGCGCCCUCCUUUGAUUCCGCCUAUCCGCCCUCCUUUUCCGCCCAGGACCAGCUAAACAUGCGCCUUGACGGGCUGGGGGAAGGGGGGUUGGCGCAAAGGGGGGCGCAGGGGGAGCCGCAGGGGGAGCCGCAGGGGGGGGCGCAGGGGGGCGCGAGCAUGGCGUUUGGCCGGACCCGCAGUGCAGGGUCCGCGGAAGGGGGAAAAGCAGGGGGAGUGGUGCCUAUAGGAGGGGCGGGCGGGGCGGGCAGGGCGGAAGGGAAUUCAGCAGGCCAGUCGUUGUCCGCGUUAUCAUCCUCCCAGUCCCGUUAUAGGGCGUGGCGGAACCUCCUAGUGGACGUGCACCUUGGGGGGAGAUCCAAGGGGGGCGGAAACGAGGGGGGGGGAUUCCUUGCAGAAGGGGCAGGGGCGGGCGCAGGCAUAGGGGCGGGCGCAGGGGCAGCAGGGGGAGCCUUUGGUCCUCCGUCCUCCUCCUCCUCCGCCUCUACCCCCUCCCCCCUCCCCUUCCCCCCGCUGCCCCCUUCCGCCCCCCUCUCCGCGUCCUAUAACGGCCGCCCCACUCCCCCCGCCUGUGGAGAAUCCCUAGAGGAGGUUCCGCGGAGCAGGUCUACCCCCCCAGGCGCCCCCCUUUCCGCCCCUGGGGGGGCGGGCAGGGCGGGCGGGGGAAGCGGAUGGGCGGUCAGACGGAGCCUGCGCCACAGCAGGAGCCACAGCUUCUCGGAAGCUUCCCAGGAUGGGGGGGGAGUGGGGGGAGGCGCGCGGAGGGAGGGGGGCGGGGGUGGGGGCGGGGCAGGGGGUGAAGGGGAGGGAGUGAGGAGGGCAGGGGGGAGCGUGCGUGGGGCGUUCGGGGAAGGCCUCAGGGGGAGUGGGGGAGGCUGCGGCGGAAGUGGGGGGUGGGGGGGAAGUGGUGGGUGGGGUGGGACUGCUGGGGGUAGCAGCGGGGGCGGGGGAGGGGGAUAUGGCGGAACAGGCUGGUUUUCCGCCCCGUAUGGGAGCAUUGGCGGAGAUAUUGGCAGCACCAGCGGAAGGAGCAGCAGCAGCAGCCUCAGCAGUAGAGACGGGGGAAGAGAGGGAAGGGAAGGGCGCGAGGGGAGGGAGUCGAGGGAGGGGCGUGAGGGGAGGGAGGGGAGGGAAGGGAGGGAGGCGAGGGAGAGUAGGAGGUCACUUAGUAUGGUGCUAGAGCCGAUCCAAGGCACCCCCAACACAAGCCCUCUACCCGUGGACUCUCUUCCCCUCUCCGCCUUUGCUUCCGCCCUCCCCCCUCCGCCCCUUUCCGCCUUCGCCUCCCCCUCAGGGGCCACCACGCCCCCCUAUGCCAACCGCUCCCCCCGAUCCAGCCCGCUUUCCCGCUCCUCCCGCGCGCACUCCCACCUUCCCCCCAUUCCCCUGCCUUCCCCCGGGCUCUCCCCCGGACUUCCCCCUGGGCUUCCCCCUGUCAUUCCGCCCACGCACAGCGGGAGCAGCGGGGGGAAGAGCCCCCUGAUGAGCCCCCGCGCGCUUCUCUGCGCCAGCAGCCCGGCCACCAGCAACAGCCCCCCUGGGUUCAGCCCUGGUGACGAGCUAAGUGCUGGCGGAAUGCUAAGCGCCAGUGGGAGCAGUGGUGCGCGUGGUGGGAGUGGUGGGAGCGGUGGGAGCAGCAGGAGCAGCAGCAGAGCGGGAUCCGUGAGGGGAAGCAGCAGUGGCGGAGGGGGGCUGUUCGGGGGACUGAUAAGCGGGGGGAAGAGGCUGGGUGGGAGUGUGCGGGAGAGGACUCGGCACGCUAGGAGGCACUCUGUGGGUGCUGUUGCUGCUGUGCCCCUUCUCUCCCCUAUUACUCGAGGCCUUUUCUCCGUUCCUAAACAGAGAGCGGCGGAGGAGGAGGAGGAGGAGGAGGAGGAGGAGGAGGAGGAGGAGGAGGAGGAGGAGGAGGAGGAGGAGGAGGAGGAGGAGGAGGAGGAGGAGGAGGAGGAGGAGGAGGAGGAGGCGGGUCGGUGGCGGGGGACAGCAGGAGCAGCAGGAGCAGGAGGGGUGGGAGGAGGGGUGGGAGAAGGAGGGGCCGUAGGAGGGGCCGUAGGAGGGGCCGUAGGAGGGGCUGUAGGAGGGGCCGUAGGAGGGGCCGUAGGAGGGGUAACGGGGGUUACUGGUGGGAGCAGUGGGGGCCAGCCCACGCCAUCCCCGUCCGCUGCCCCUCCCCCGCUGCCGCCCUCCAGCUCUCUCUCCUUCUCCUCCUCCCGCUUCCUCUGGAAAAACAAGACGCCGCCGCUCCACCACAACCACCACCGCCACCGCAGCACCACCAACGAGGAUUUCCGGUCGUUCCACCACUCGUUACAGUCACCCUCGUUACAGUCCCAGCCUCAGUCGCAAACCUCGUCUGCCGCCCAUUCUCCUGCCGCUUGGUCCCCUGCUGCUCGCCCCGUGCCUGUGCGCUCCUUAUCCGCCCACUCAAUGUCAGCUGCUCGCUCCUUGUGCGCCCACUCCUCCACUGGCCCCUCCCCUGCUUCCAGCACUGGCUCUGCUGCAUGCGGGGACGGUUUCGAGGCGGAAAUGCCAGGUGGAGAGUGGUUGGAAGGGGUGCAGGUGGCUGAUCACCGGUCAGAUAAGCAACAAGAGUCUGAGAACGUGUUUCAGCAGUUUCACCUGCAGUUGCAGCUAGAGCAGGUUCAGCAGCAGCAGCAGCAGCAGCAGCAGCAGCAGCAGCAGCAGCAGCAGCAGCAGCAGCAGCAGCAGCAGCAGCAGCAGCAGCAGCAGCAGCAGCAGCAGCAGCAGCAGCAACAGAACCCCCAGCAGCCCCAGCAGCAACAGCAGCAGCAGGCAGAGCAAAAGCCGCGGCGGCACCGGCGCCUCAUGUCUCUCCCCAGCACUCCAGACAUGAAAGGCCUCCGAAUCCUCCCCCUCCCCCUCCCCUUCACCAAACACCGCUCUCCCUCCCCUCAUCGCCGCUCCCCCUCCCCUCCGCCUGCCCACCCCCUACCCACGGUGCCUCACCCGCCUGUUUCCCCCCGCGUUGCCGAACCGGACGCGUCAGGUGCGGAGGCAGGCUCGCACGGAGGUUCGGGUGCUGGAUCAGGCUCGGGAGGCGGGGUGUGGCCGUGGUCCCGGCCGUCAGUGAAGCUUCGGCUCCCAACCAUGCGGUCAGGCCGCAAGGGAAGGGAUGGGCGAGGGGAUGGGGUGGGAGAGGAGGGGGGAGCGAAGGCGGGAGAUGGUGGGGGAGAGGUUGGGGGGGAUAGUGGAAGGGAAUGGGGGAGAGAAGGGAUAGAAGGAUGGGGUGAAGGAGGGGAGAGAAGGGGUUCUCUGGAUGCUUUUCAAGCAUCUGCCAGUGCUGUGGCUGCUGCACGUGCAACUGCUGCUGCUUCUGCUGCUGCUUCUGCUGCUGCACAUUCUGUCAAAUCUCCGACCUGCAUUUUAUCUGCUGGGAUGGCUGGCACACUUCAUGCCCCUCCCCCUCCCCUUGCCUCCUCCCCUUCCCGUCACCCUCCAAAACUCCCCUCCCCUUCCCUUACCCGCUCCCUAUCCCCACACCCGCCACGACCCCCCUCCCCCCUUCUCCCUCGCACGCCCUCUGCUCCUCUUACCCAUACCCCCUCUCCUCCUCGUCCUCACCACACCCCGUCUCAUCCUCCCCGCACCCCCUCUCCUCCUCCUGCCCACGACUCUUCUCCCCCGCUUCCCCACAGUGCCUCUCCUCCCCCCCGCGAUGCCUCCCCGCCCCUCAACUCCCCCCAUCGCGCCCAAAGCGCCGCCCGAUCCUUCCUGUUACAGGAGCUCGGGGCUUCUGAUGAGGCUGGGAAGGGGGGUGAGGCAGCGGGUGUUGGUACGACCACAGUUGAUGCUGUUACAGUUGGAUUAGUCGGAGGGGAAGCAGAGGAAGUGGAAGGGAGUGGAGGAGUAGAAGAGGCAGUAGAGGCGGUGGGAGAAGGCGAGAUGGAUCAUCUUUUGUCGCGUUUCCACCGCCGCGAGGGGAGAGACUGGUCGCCACAGAUGGGCAGGGAGGGAAGGGACUGGUCCCCUCCUGCGUCGCAGCCGAGGAAGGAGCUUUCAGGCAGCAGUGUGGCGCAGCGGCACGCUUCUCUCUUUGCUCUUCCUGGCACUGCUGCUGCUGCUGCUGCUUCUCUGGACGAUGGUGCGUCUUCUAAAGACCGGAAGGGCUCGUUCGGAAACCGCAGUGGUUCGUUCGUGGAGCGGAGUGAGAGGAUGGAGAAGGAUGAGGAAUCAUCUAGAGACCUCGGUGGGUCGACCAGAGGCCGGAGCAGAUCGUCCCGAGAUCUCACUGGCUCGUCUGCCAAGCCUGGUGGCUGGUCCGGGGAGCGGAGCGGUUCGUUCAAGCACCGGGAGCGGUACGGCGCGGCGGGUCAUGCGGAGAGGAGGCAGUCGUUUUCUGAGCAAGGCGAGCGAGGGCAGUCUUUCAAUGGCCGCACCCGCACCCCGCCGCGCGUGCCUGCCUCCCCUGCUGCUGCUGCUGCUGCCGCCGCCGCCGCUGCUGUUGCUUCUGUUGCUGCGGACCAGAAGGAGUCUGGAGGGGGUGGGAGGGAGGCGGGAGGUCGAGCUAGUGUAGACGUUUGGAAUAGUCCGGGCUCAAGGGAAGAAAGGAGGGAGAGUGGAGGGCGGGGUAGGCAGAGCAAGAGCAGUGUUGCGAGCCGCGGGAGUGAAGGGAAGGAGUUAUGGGGUGUGUGGGACAGUGACAAGGGUGGACAGAGGGGUGGAGAGGGAUAUGGGCAGAGAGAGGGGGUAGUGAGUAGGCAGCGGGUUGAACUGGGUCGGAGGGAGAUGGAGGAGGAAAACAAGAAGGAAGCUGAGGAGGAUGAGGAAGAAGGAGAAGAGGAAGAGGACGACGAGGAGGAAGAGGAGGACGAGGAGGAAGAGGAGGGGGAAGAGGAGGAGGAAGAAGAGGAAGAAGAGGAAGAAGAAGAGGAGGAGGGGGAGGAGGAGGAAGAAGAAGAAGAUGAAGAGGAAGAGGAAGAGGAAGACGAGGAGGAUGAUGAGGAGGAGGAAGAAGAGGAGGAAGAAGAAGAUUAUACCGAGGGGGAAGAGGACGACGAAGAUGGCGUCAUCACGGGCGUGCCGGACUGGGCUUGGCGCGCAGUGUUCCUCGCGUCGAUGACAGCCGUCGGAUCGUUCACGAUGCUCAUCGACAGCGGGCACGCGUUCGGGUCCAAGCCCCCGUCGGUGGGCGACGAUCCGGGUCUCGCGCUCAUUCUACCCAUCGCCGCCGGGCUGCUCUGCGGCUUCGGAUCGCAGCUCGGCAGCGGGUGCACUUCCGGCCAUGGCGUGUGCGGCUUGCCACGCUUCUCGCUGCGCAGCGCCGUCGCUGUGGGCACCUUUAUGGCUACAGGCGCCGCUACAUCCAUGACCCUUGGCGCCAUUGCCACCGGUUCUACAGCCGCGAACCGCCCCCCCGGCGAGCCCAUCCCAGCCACCAACACGUGGCUGCUCGUGUUGGCGGUUUGUGCUUCAGCCGUGGGAGCUAUUAUCGCGUACAGAUGCCCGUACUGUAACGAGUUUCUUGAUAGCGGAGCUGCUGGUGGUGCUGCUAGUGGGGCUGCUGGUGGGGCUGCUGGUGGGGCUGCUGGGGAGUCGGCGUCGCUUGCAAAGGAUGCUGCCAAACCAGCCUGCUCCAGUGGGGCUUGCUCCCUCUCGUCCUCUGCGCCCUCCUCCUCCUGCUGCUGUUCUGCGCUGCUCCAUCCCGUCAACGUGCUCCGAGCGUCACUCAUCACAGGAGCCAUCUUUGGCAUCGGCCUCUCGCUCAGCGGCAUGUGCAACCCGUACAAAGUAAAGGACUUUCUAGACCCAGUGCACGGGUGGGACCCCAGUCUCGCCUUUGUGAUGGGCGGUGCCGUGGUAGUCAACGCCAUCACCUUCCGCUUCAUUCUCGCGCGCCCCAACCCGCUCUUUGAAGCCAAGUUCUUCGUCCCCUCGAGCAAUGACAUCACCUGGGAGCUCGUGGUUGGGUCGGCGAUCUUUGGCAUCGGUGCCGGUGAUUGCAUGGGUGUCUUCUCUAGUUGUCGGCAUGGGCUUGUAUCAGCUCUUUAUGAAGCUGCUAAAGCGGUCCGAUGGCACGCGUUUCAGCUCAACCCCAAGGCGUCAAAGGAAGGCGUGAGCAAGCUCGACCUCUACCGCUCUCUCUUCGGCGACCGAAUGCCGGCCAUAUCCGCGCGCAUGACAUCCGUGUUCGAGGAGCUCGGUCUCAAAUACAGCCUGGGCGGGCUCACAGGCAACACGUUGGACAGCCAUCGGCUGAUCGCGCUGGCAGGGAUGAGGGACAGGGAGAAGGGCGGUGAGCCGGCCGGCUCCUCUCUGCAGCACCGAGUGGUGGAGGAGCUGUUUCUGGAUUACUUCACUCGAGAGAAGUUUAUCGGCGACAGACAAGUGCUAGUGGCAGCAGCUAAAAGGGCCGGCUUGCAAGGAGCAGCAGAGUGGCUUGACAGCCCACAGUCAGGCUUGCAAGAGGUGGAGGCUGAAUUACAACGCUAUCGACCUCGAGUAUCAGGCGUCCCACAUUUCAUUAUUGGUGGGCAGGAGUUUUCAGGUGCUCAGCCCCCUGCUGUUCUGCUUGAAGCUCUCAAAUCUGCAGCAUCUGCCACGUAG